AUGACCGGCAAACUCGCCGAGAAGCUGCCGGUGACCAUGAGCAGUUUGCUAAACCAAUUGCCUGACAAUUUGUACCCCGAGGAGAUCCCCAGCGCGCUCAACCUCUUCUCCGGCAGCAGCGACUCAGUAGCCCAUUACAAUCAGAUGGCUACAGAGAAUGUGAUGGACAUCGGUCUGACCAACGAGAAGCCCAAUCCGGAACUCUCUUAUUCGGGCUCUUUCCAGCCAGCCCCCGGCAACAAGACCGUGACCUACUUGGGAAAGUUCGCUUUCGACUCUCCUUCCAACUGGUGCCAGGACAACAUCAUUAGCCUCAUGAGCGCCGGCAUCUUGGGGGUGCCCCCGGCCUCAGGGGCACUCAGUACGCAGACGUCCACGGCUAGCAUGGUGCAGCCUCCGCAGGGCGACGUGGAAGCCAUGUAUCCGGCUCUACCCCCCUAUUCCAACUGCGGUGAUCUCUAUUCGGAGCCCGUGUCUUUCCACGACCCCCAGGGUAACCCUGGGCUCGCCUAUUCUCCCCAGGAUUACCAAUCGGCCAAGCCGCCGGCCUUGGACAGCAAUCUUUUCCCCAUGAUUCCUGACUACAACCUGUACCACCACCCCAACGACAUGGGCUCCAUUCCGGAACACAAGCCCUUCCAGGGCAUGGACCCUAUCCGGGUCAACCCACCCCCUAUUACCCCACUGGAGACCAUCAAGGCCUUCAAAGACAAGCAGAUCCACCCGGGCUUCGGCAGCCUGCCCCAGCCGCCACUCACUCUCAAGCCCAUCCGGCCCCGCAAGUACCCCAAUCGGCCUAGCAAGACCCCGCUCCACGAGCGGCCCCACGCGUGCCCCGCAGAGGGCUGUGACCGCCGCUUCAGCCGCUCGGACGAGCUGACCCGGCACCUGCGCAUCCACACGGGCCACAAGCCCUUCCAGUGUCGGAUCUGCAUGCGGAGCUUCAGCCGCAGCGACCACCUCACCACUCACAUCCGCACGCACACCGGGGAGAAGCCCUUCGCGUGCGAGUUCUGUGGGCGCAAGUUUGCGCGCAGCGACGAGCGCAAGCGCCACGCCAAGAUCCACCUCAAGCAAAAGGAGAAGAAGUCAGAGAAAGGGGGUGCGCCCUCUGCAUCCUCGGCGCCCACCGUGUCCCUGGCCCCUGUGGUCACCACAUGCGCCUGA